AUGUCGAGCAUAGAGCUAAAGCCAUCAUUCACGCCCUCUUCGGGUGCUUCCGAAUCUCCGGAUACUGACGCCGUUAUCAAAGCUCUUUCAUUGAUACCUCAUAUCGAAGGUGGCUAUUUCGUUGAAACUGAUGCAAGAGUUGGGAGUGUUGGCGAUAUUCCGAUUCAUGCCUCCUUCACUUUCAAUCUCGUGCUAUUUCGUGACCCUCUCUUAAUUCCCUCACCAUUCCCUGAAGAUCCAGCCUCGGCUCUCAUGCCGCAAAGACCCGGCUUUAACUCGGCCUAUCGCAACGCCUCGACAAGUAUAUUCUACUACCUGACUCCCAUCUCGCCUCAGGGAAACUUCCACCGGAACCGGGGUAGAACCGUACACACGUUACAUCGAGGGCGUGGCGUGUAUGUUCUAAUUCAUGCCGAUGAGCCUGAUCUCCCUGGUGGCGGGAAAAGGAUCGAGACGUUCGUCGUUGGCUCAAAUGUAGCUAAGGGCGAGAAGCUGCAGUGGAUCGUUGAGGGAGGGAAGUUCAAGGCCAGUUUCCUUCUUCCGGAUGAUGCUGCUGGUACCGAGAAGACGAGCGGUGGAUUGCUGAUUUCCGAGACGGUGGUCCCCGGAUUUGAGUAUUGCGAUCAUGACUUUCUUCCUGCAGGUGGGCUACCGGCCUUGGUAGGCAAGGAAAAGGCAGAGGAAUUGGCCUGGCUAGUAAGGAAGGCAUAG